ACAGCAGUUGAGCACGUAGUUGGAGAGACCACCUGAUUUGGCCCACUACCACCAGUCGCUAUGGACAUGGACCAGCUCUGCUUGAUGGCCGUAGCCACGAUUCUCCUGACGUUGAUUCUGAGGCAGGUUCUGGGCGGCAAGGGCACAGGUGCCAAGCUUCCUCCAGGUCCAUGGAACCUCCCCGUCAUCGGCAGCCUCCACCACCUGGUCGCCACGAAACUGCCGCCGCACCGCGCACUGCUCAGCCUGUCGCGCCGGUACGGCCCGGUCAUGCUGCUGAGGCUCGGCGAGGUGCCCAACGUCAUCGUGUCCACCCCCGAGGCGGCGAUGCUGGUGCUCAAGACCAACGACCUCACCUUCGCCACCCGUACCAGCGGCCCCACGCUGGACGUCGUCGGCAGCGCCAGCGAGGGCAUCAUCUUCGCGCCCUACGGCGAGCACUGGCGGCAGAUGCGCAAGGUCUGCGUCGUGGAGCUGCUCAGCGCGAUGCAGGUGCGGCGCAUCCAGUCCAUCAUGCAGGCCGAGAUCGCGCACCUCCUGGAGUCGGUCGCCGCCGCGUCCUCUGCCUCGCCGUCCGGCUCCGCCGUCGUCGACGUCGGCAAGGGGCUGGCCAGGCUGACCAACAACGUCAUCGCGAGGGCGGUGUUCGGCGGCAAGUCUCGGCAGCAGGAGGCGUACCUCCGGGAGCUCGACGUGAUGGCGAUUCUCGGGGGAGGGUUCAGCCUGGUGGACCUUUUCCCGUCCUCCCGGCUGGUGCGGUGGCUGAGCAGCUCCGGGCGCGCCAUGAGGAGGCUCCACUCCCGGAUGCAGCGCAUCCUAGGAGAUAUCAUCCAAGACCGCAAGGAGACCAGAGCACCGAAUGGUGCUUCGGAUGCUGCUACCGCUAGAGACAACGAGGACCUGCUGGACGUGCUCCUGAGACUGGGCAAGCAAGACGCCCUCAGUUUCCCUCUCACGUCCGAGAUCAUCAGCGCCGUCAUCUUUGACAUUUUUUCAGCUGCCACCGACACAACGGCUGCCACGCUAGAAUGGGCCAUGGCAGAGCUCGUCCGCAACCCACAGGCAAUGGCAAGGGCGAAACUCGAAGUCCGACAGAUGCUCAGACACCGCCGCAGCUCCACCAUCACGAGCGCCGACCUCGCCGGCCUGCACUAUCUUCGGAUGGUCAUCAAGGAAACGCUGAGGCUGCACCCCUCCGCUCCGCUGAUCCACCGGGCUAGCCAGGAGAACUGCCGGGUCAUGGGCUAUGACAUACCCAAGGGCACCGCCGUCAUGAUAAACGCCUUCGCCGUGGGGAGGGACCCGGCGCACUGGGGAGCGGACGCCGCCGAGUUCCGGCCGGAGAGGUUCCAAGGCACGAGCGUGGAGUACAGCUCGCAAGGGCCGCACAUGGAGUUCGUACCGUUUGGAGCUGGACGCAGGCAGUGCCCUGGAGCCCUGUUCGCGACCACCAUGCUCGAGCUCGUGCUGGCCAACCUGCUGUAUCACUUUGACUGGGCGAUUCCGGGUGGGGAAAGCCCGGAGACGAUGGACAUGGGCGAGGUGUUUGGCAUCAUUGUGCACACUAGGUCCAGCCUGCACCUGCAAGCAUCUGAAGCUUGCCAUCUACAAGACCAGACCACCGGUGUAGUGUCUUAGAAAUUAAUCACCGACAAUAUAUCAGGCCGGUCUCAUAUGCUAAAACAUCCCACGAGUUUUAUCGGUUGAGCAAGCAAGUUGUAAUAAUACACCAAAUAAUGUCUAUUCCUUCAAUAUUUAUGGGGAAUA